ACCAUUGCGGCGAGAUGGGUCCUCUUAGCGAUGACGUCAGUCCUGAUUUGGAGACGAUGGAGCUUCAACUUCAACGUCGUAGCACAGUAUUUUAAGUUACGGUUCAUUUAUUUUAGUUUUAAAUGUACAGUGGGUUUUAUAAGACCCCAAAUGGAACAAAGUGUACUUAUGCCAAGUUGAAAGCUCCGAAGAAAGUGCCCCCCACCGCCGUCAUGCCUCAGAAAAGCGCUCAGACCACCCACUACAUCGAGCUGGGGGGCUACCAGUACUGGCCAGUGUUGGUACCCCGCGGGAUCCGCCUGUAUACCUACGAGCAGAUCCCGGGCUACCUGCGCGAGAACCCGUACAUCACGGAUGGAUACAGGGCCUACCUGCCCUCCAGGCUCUGCAUCAAGAGCCUGUUCAUCCUGUCCAAUGAGACCGUGAACAUCUGGACUCACCUGCUGGGCUUCCUCUUCUUCUUCUUCCUGGCCGUGUACCACAUGGCACAAGUCCUGCCCCAGCUAGGGGUCUCGCGCGAGGACUACGUCAUCUACUCCGUGGGACUCUUCUGCUUCCAGCUGUGUCUGCUGUGCUCAGCGGGCUACCACGUGUUCCGCUGCCACCGCUCGGAGAAGACGGGCCGGCGCUGGAUGGCGCUGGACUAUGCCGGCGUGUCGGUGGGCAUCCUGGGCUGCUACGUGCCCGCCGUCUUCUAUGCAUUCUACUGCAAUAACUACUGGCGUCAGGUGUACCUGGUUACAGUGCUGGCAAUGAUCCUGGCUGUGUUCUUGGCGCACAUCCACCCCAACUUCCUAAGCAAGCAGUGGCGCCGGCCUCGCCGGUUGGCCUUCUGCGCACUGGCGUCAAGCGGCCUGGUGCCCGUCCUGCACUUUGUCUACGAUGCCGGUGGCUUCUCCACGGACCUCGUGCAAUCUUUCAUUCCGCGCGUGCUGGUCAUGUAUUUGAUGGCGGUGUUGGCGCUGCUCUUCUACAUCUCCAAAGUGCCUGAACGAUACUUCCCAGGCCAGCUGAACCUUGUGGGCUCCAGCCACCAGCUGUGGCACGUGCUGCUUCUGCUCAUGUUCUACUGGUGGCACCAGUCGUCUUGUUACAUCAUGGCCUACAGACAUAGACAUACAUGCCCCGCCCUCCUCGUUGGGACCAACGCACACUCCUAGCCUACAUGGAAAACAAUGACACGACACGCUUUUAUAGUCACAGUAAGAUUAGACUGAAAUGCCAUGCUACGCUCCUACAUUACUAUAGACUCAAACAGAAUACAAGAAAACUAUUCCAACCUUAGACUGGUCUAUAGUCCACUGUUGCUGAAGAGCGCGCCGGUAUAGGCCAGGAGACAACGGCCACUACAUGACGUAGAACGCCGCAAAUUUCUUUUGCGGUCAAUGGUGACAUUAACUCCAAAAUACCAUCACAAAAUGUUGCUGCUGAUUGUAUGCCACUGACAAGAUAAAAGCUAAUUUUGUUAGCAAACAAAAGAACUGAGCAAUGUAGCAAAGUAGCCAGCCACUAACACUGGGAAUACAGCCUGUAUAGGUCCAUCUUCCUUAGGUGCAAAAUAAAAUAGUUUUACCAAAGCAGUGGUCCCCAAGUUGCUUCUUGGUAAUAAUGGUGAAAGCCAAUUGAAAACCCCUGGAAUAGACUAUCCAGUCCUGUCACAACCUGACCAGCCUACUGUAUCCCCAAGUAAAGUAUGUUGUUUGAAAUUGAGAGAAUAUUGUUCUCGGUCCAAAACUAGGCUGUUAUCCCACUAGACUACAAUUGACAAUCAUAUACAACUUUCCUACCCUGCCCGACAGACGGGGCCAGUCUAUGCUAGUCUAUGAAUACACUAAACCUUAUAGUACGACUUGACUAUCCCAUGAUGUCCUCGACUAGACUAUUAUGAAUCUGGACAAUGCUAGAUUGACUAGUCUAUCAUAGUUAUUGUCUCUAGUUCCACUCGGGUCGUGUGCAAUGUUCCCCUCUUUGUGUAUGAAGUGAUCCCUUUGCAUCAGUAUCUGCUUGUUUUUUUGUAAGCAUGAGUACAUGUUUAAAGAAACAAAGACUUAUUUCAUGUAGAUAAACUUCUUUUGUAUUAAAUUAUUCUUGUGUAACUCCAAAUAAAAAGUGUGAGGUAAAGAA